GGAGCAUGGUGUGCUGGUUAAGCUCUCAACAUCUCCGCCGCCAACGUCGUAAUGAUAUGGAGCCGUGCAGCUCCCGAGCUUAAUGUACAGACCGUGCUCCCGUCAGUGUUGGGGGCCACGCUCAGUUUUGACUCGACCAGGCUAAGAGUUGCGAGCUCUGAAAAAACGACGACGACGACGAGCCCAAAGAUCGAAAGAAUUUUCUUCCCUGUCUGCUUGGAGUAUUUUCUUUUUGAGAAAAAAUCUGAAAGUCUGAAAGUAAUUAUACAAUUUUCCAGCAAGAGUUACCCGGGUUGGAAAAGUUCGUCUGUGUCCCGUGCGAGCGGCUUCCAUUGUCGGAUUUUGUGUUUUCGUCUCAGCUUUUCUUGGUGUCCAGGCGUUCGCCGGGGUGUCUGGAGCUUCGUGGAGCGCGUUCAUAGUCCGGGAAAUCAAUCGAAUCGGAGAAGUCCUUAUCUAUUGCAUCUUCCUGGCUGUCCUGCAAUCGCUCGCGGAGCUAUCGGUCUGCUCGUCGGGACAGCCCUGUCACGGAGUCCUUGUCCAAGCGACGAUAACUCAAUUUCAAGAAAGAAUAGCUCCAUUGAGAGAUGCUAUCUGAAUUGUGCAUUCGCGUAGAGUGACGUAGCGCGCAAGUGCCCCCCUCCCCUGCAGGUGGUCCGCCGGUAAAUGCACAUGCAGCUGGAAGCGCGGGGGUGGUCGUUCCUAGCACCUGCCGCAGCCGGUCCCGUCGCUCCUGGACGGGGUUAUCGUGAUCGCAGCCCCUAGAAGGUCUGGCAGGCUCCUUGGACUACGUACGGUUCAACGAGGCUCCCCAGUUAGUAGUGCGUCCUGGUUGCAACUGAUAGUGUGCGGUGCGGGCAGUGUACCGAGCCAAGUGCAAAAGUGCGCCCAGUGUGAGCAGCCCUCGAGUUGAUUGCAACUUCCAAGUUUCCAAUUGGUGCUACGUAUAAUUUUAAGGAAUACAAUUGAAACAAAAAUUCAACAGAUAUAAAUUUCAAAUACAUUUCUGUGAGUGCUCAAAGUCUGUAAACAAAAUGUUAAGCGCCGAAAUUUCGAUUUAAGGAAUAGAAAAGAUGUAAAGAAUUAAGCCAUUUUAAAAAUGAUAUCAGUGUACGUUAGAUGUGUAUCGUAAGUAACAGGAAUAUGUACAUGGAUAAAUAGAGGAAUUGUAGUGGUUUUAGUCUUCAUCGAUUGCCCUAAUACCAAUUGAACUCUUUGUAAAAAGAUAGAAUCGAAUUGUUUUGUUUCUAAUCCUUACAACGGCAACGUCUUCGAUAUAAUUUAAUCUAUUUCGUAGAAAGUAAUAUGAAUAGAUACCAUAGAAUUUGAAUGUUAGAUAUUAAGAAAUAAGAAAAUUACUAAAAUGUGUUUUAAUGAGAAUUAUAACUAUCAUUGUAAACAAAAACAACCGAGAUAAAUUGUUUACAUUGCGGAGCUCAAUUUCUCGUCCCUUCCUGCAAAUCAUCCUAAAAGUACGGCUCUUUUGGGAGGUUCGAUUUUUGGAAAUUAGUGAAAUAUUAGUAAAAUAAGCAUUUAUUCGUGAAUAAUCUGUGUAAAAGUUAAAAAAGGACGUAAAGCAGUUUGAAAUUUAGUGCAAAACCAAUAUUCGGAUUUAUCUAAACUAAGGCUCGAAUUGAUAAGCGACUAACUAACUAAAAAAAGCCGUCACAGUGGCCGCGUCGAAAGGAAAACGUGACACUCAACAAUAUGAAGAAUCCGCGACUGAUUCGGGUUGUGGUGCUGUUACCGCCAAGGAAACGGUAGUGGCUGUUAGUGGUGAUACAGUGAUAAGUUGCUCGACCGGUGGUGGUGGUGUUGUGGAAGCUUCCGAUCCGGACGGAAGUAGUGUUACGCGAAAAUGUUGUAUCGGUGGCGGUGGUAGUGACGAUGCUGGUGGUGGGGGUGGGAUAGUCAGUGGCCGUGGGAAUGGGAAUAAGGGCGGUCCGGGAAGCGGGCGCUAUCGUGGCGGCGGCUAUAGCCUGUGCCAUCGGUUGACUACCCACUCAAGCACCACCAGCGAUAUUCAACAAUCGACUAGUGCAACGGCGGAAACGAUUGCCACUAGUUCCGGUUUGAUCGUUAGUUCGCGUCAAGGAUCGGUAGAUGGUGCGAUGCAAAGAUGCGGUUUGUGCUCUCUAUUGUCGCGCCUGUUGCGUCGGGCAAUGUGUGUUGGUUCGAGACGUGGAAGCGGAGAGUCGUACUAUCAGGAGUUGGCUGAAACAGCUGGAUCACCACCAUCACCCAAAAGCACAUCAUUCAAACAUGCUCCAGAUGUAGCUACUAUGGAAACCACGGAUAGCUCUAUCUACAUACGCUUAAUUCGUAAGUGCUAUUUCUUCUUUUCCAACGACAAACUUUCCGCCUCGAAUCAACAGGAACAACAGCGACGUCAAUCGCAGGCUGAGAGAGAGAAUUGCCUUAGGCGUCGUGUUUCCGAUACAGACCAGGAUCGUCCAUUACUUGAGGCUCUACUAUAUGAUGAAAAGAUAGAUGAUACAAGCACAAGACGUCGGCACGUGUGUAACGGUCGAUUUUUAACAAUGCACAAAAGACGUCGCAAGAAGUUAACAACACGGAGUCUUGCUCAGGACUCGGCUAUCCUUGAUGAUGUCCUCCAUGGUCAAGUUCAGUGUAUAUUAAAUCAAGUUGGUAAUUGGCGAUUUAAUGCGUUCACAUUGGAAACCGUUACUGGAGGACGCUCACUGCCUGUUCUAUGUGUUCAUUUGUUCCAUUGGUACGGCCUUUUGGACCAUUUUAAUUUAGAUGUAGUUAGAUUAUGGAAAUUAUUUACCCUAAUCGAGGAGGGAUACCAUAGCACAAAUCCGUAUCAUAAUUCAAUACAUGCGACUGAUGUAACACAAGCAAUGCACUGUUAUCUACAGGAACGUAGAAUUCUUGAGAAUUUAACACCCGUAGAAAUAAUGGCAUCGCUUAUUGGUGCUGUAACACAUGACCUCGAUCAUCCUGGGGUAAAUCAACCCUUUCUCAUCGCUACUUCGAAUCAUUUAGCUGCUCUCUAUGAGAAUACAUCAGUUUUAGAAAAUCAUCAUUGGCGCUCGGCUGUUGGUUGUCUAUUAGAAAGUGGCGUAGCUGAGCAAAUACAGGAUAUACGACCGGAACUUGAAAAACAAAUUGCUUCCUUGAUAUUGGCAACUGAUAUCACAAGACAAAAUGAAUUUUUGACCAAAUUUCGCGAUUAUAUCGAACAGGACUCACUGGAUAUGACUAAGGCUGAAAAUCGACAUUUCAUUCUACAAAUAGCACUUAAAUGUGCUGACAUUUCAAAUCCAUGCCGGCCAUGGGACAUCAGCAAAAAAUGGAGUCAGAAGGUAUGUGAAGAGUUCUUCCGACAAGGUGACUACGAAAGGCAACUGAACCUGCCAGUGACCUCUCUCUGCGAUCGGUACUCAAUGUCAGUACCGAAGAUUCAAGUCGGUUUCUUUAAAUAUGUAGUCACGCCAUUGUUCGUCGAAUGGCAUAGGUUCUUAAACACCGAUCUUUCCACCAGAAUGAUGAAACACCUUAAGGAUAACCAAGACCAAUGGGAAAGUAAGGUAGCGGCCGAACUGGCUGAAGAAACGAAAACAGAAAUCUCAGAUGCAGAACUUUUGGAAGAGGACUUUGAUGAUGAAGACAUCGAAGUUAAUGCGGAUAUUUCAGACAGUUCCGAGGUACUACUUCCGGAGGUGAAACUUCCCCGGAGAAGCUCUCUUCAAGUCCCCACAUUUGGUGCAACCCGCUUCGAUCGCAGGCAUUCCGUGCCGGUUAACCCACCGAGAAUUAUCUUACCGCCACGGGACAACGUCUCACGAUCAGCGAUUCGCGAGGAUAUCGAAUCAAAAUUGGAUGAUAGUUUCUCCCUCCUCUCAUCAGAUAGUGAUAGUGGUCCAAGAAAAUCGUCCACAGGCAGCGUGCCAGAUCGGGAACGUCCUCUCAGUGCUGAGACUUUGGUCCCUGAAUUGAAUAUUGCAACCAUGAGCAAUAGCGAAUGUGCAGACCGUCUCAAUUUAGUUAUGCAUGGAGCUGGACUUUCAAGUGCUAAUAUGUUGGCUGCCAAUAGCGCUUCCAAACAUUUGAUUCGUCAACAAACCUUCCCACCGCUUCAACCGUACAUGCGUACCCGCUACAUGUCCGCAACGGCCGAAAUGUCCAGUUGUUCUGAAGCAUUAGAAAAGCAUUCAAGCUCUUCCGAUUCACCGCCAGAUAAUGAUCGUGAACGUGGUAUUCUCACUGCUUGUGGCAGUAAAAAGGAUAAAAAGGAGGGUGGUUGUAGUGGUAAACGCGAACAAGACAAUCUACAAUGUGUAGCGGAGAAAUCUUGCAAAAUGGUCAAAUUAUCGAUACCUGAACAAAAGGAGAAUAUGGAUCCGACAAUGCUCAAAAAAGGAUUGGCACGGAGGCGAGGUUCAGCGCCGGUUGCUGUCGCCUCACCACCAAAGACCACUGCAGAAGAAUCUGUUUCAUUGCUGAUUCGUACCUGUGAUACAUUUAUGCGCCGCGGUUCGAUGCCGGCUGAGGUUAUUUAUAAGCCAUCAAACGACAAGCAAUUAGAGACUUUUUUAUUAACAACCCAAAAUCUAACUCCAUUUCAACGUCGUGGAUCCGUUCCAUGUGAUAAUAAGUCUUCGAAUCGUUCUAACAAUAACAAUUGUAACGGAAAGACACGUAAUCGUAAGAAAUUGUUAAGACGUCGUUCUUCUGGCGGUGCUGAAAUUUUAACUCCCAUACUCGCCGAGGCUGAAUUGGCUGCCGGCAGUAGUAGUGGCGGUACUAGCGGAUCGUCUGCAUGGUAUCGUUUUAAGCGUACUGAUCGAUCAAAGUCUGAUAUUGAAUCUUUAUUAUCGCGACGCAGAGGUUCACUUCCUGUUGAAGUGCUAGCCGUAUGCCAUACAGGUACAUUGCGCCAUUAAAAAGCGAUUGUUAUUUAUUGUUUUGUGUGCGCAAUUAAAUCGACUGCAUCUUUAUUAGAUAAACUACGUUCAAAUUUUGUGUGUUUAAUUGAUAUAAUGCAAAUAAAUUAUAUUGAAAAAAAAACAAAACAAUUUAGAAUGUAAUUUAACAAUGUUGAAGAAAAAAACCAACCAAGCUGAAAUGGAAUGUAAUUAAAGAAAAGAAACAAAAUUAAUUAAUAUUAGGUGUUAAAAAAAAAAUAUGAGAAAAACAUUGAACUGAAUAACUUAUUUUAACUGUAAUAAUGAUAAUGGUAAUGAACAACAAUUUAAUAUAAUUUAAAUGAAGCAAAUUUUCAUACAUGACUUUUGGGCUGGUCUCAAAAGUGAUUUAGCAAUCAAAAAACAAAUCCAUAAAACAAGAAAAAAAUGGUAAACCAUCAAUCAUAAAUAUUAAGAAUCAAAUAAUAAAUAAAUUAUUGUAUAAUGUAGAAGAAAAAAAACGGAAGCAAGCGAAACGCAAAGCAAACAAUUUCAAAAGAACUUGGCGAAUUCUUUAAGUUUCUUAUUCUGUUUUUUGAUUAAAUAAGCUAGUGUGACCUGAAACGGCUAAUGCAACAGAGGAUGGCAGGAACGAAUAAUGACAGCGGCGAUAGUACGAGGAACCAAAGCAUCACAAUUUUCAACGUCAGCUGCGCUUCCCUGCAACAGUGGAGCAACAAUGCAUCCAGAUAUAUAGUAACAUGCAUACGAGUAUAUGGAUAAAUAUAUUUGAGCAACAAACAUGUCAACAUCCGAUCAUCAAUCAUCAAAUAAAUCUUCAUCUUCAUUAAAUUCAACUGUUUGUAAGAGAUAAAAUUGUUUGGAAAAAAAAAAUAAAACAAUUAAUUAAAAA